AUCGCGAAGGGAAUGGAGAAUGGCUUCUCAUUACAGUAAUAAACUACUGUUGUAGGCCUUUUUUUUGUAGUUAUCAUAUCAUAACCGUAAUAUAGAUGGAUCGGCAACUGAUAGGCUAUUAAAUGAUUAUAUCUGGUCCAUACUGUGAUUAUGUUUUAGUUAUGUAAUCCUAAUGCAGCCUUGUUUUAGACUGAUGUAUAAUCUAGCCAAUCAUAAGGAGUCAGUUUCACUCUCAGAAGCUGUCAUUGGGGCAGUUCAAAGGGUUCAUUAUUAAGGAACAUAUUAGUAACUUAGUGUACGUAUUUGAACCUAACAGGUACAAAAGUGUACCUUUUGCAAAGACACCAUCCCACUGACAGCUUUUGUACUUUUAUUUCUGAGAGUGUUGGAGAUAUAUGAGAUAUAUGUGGCCAACAAGUGUCAGAAAUCAAAUGCCUGGAGUCUGGAACUCAUCUGUAAGGGCAUUUUCUUUUAUGUUUUUUUAUUCAUUUGGCUUUGAACCUAAUUGACAGUGGUGUUGAUAAGUAUUUUGGAAUGUAGAAUUUGUUUCGGGUUUUAUAGCUAUUUACUUAUUAUAUUUUAGAAUGUAUCACAUAUAUGUAUCACAUUAUUUAUAAGAGCAUUUCUAAAUAAUUGAAAUUGCAAUAGAAAAGCCCAGUAAAAUAUGUUAUAUUAUGUACCUAAUACUAUCUCAUGUGCUUAUUGACUAUACAAUAAUAAUAAUAUUAAUAAUAAUAAUAAUAAUAAAACAAAUAAAGAUUAAGCCUAUAAAAUCAGACCAAUAUCAUAUGUAAAUGAUGCACAAGAUCAUCAUAAAUAUAUAGCUCAAAUGUGAAAUGUUUGACUGGUAAUUGGUAUAAUAUACAAAAAGAAAAAGAAAAAAAUACAAAGUGUAGGAUUUACUGUGAAAUACGUUUAAAUAUAUUUACAGAAAUUUCUAGAAAAUGUUUCAAAUAAUUAAAAACAUAUUGUAUUUAACAUGAAACUGUAAAUUAGAAAUAGUAUUUAAUUAAAGCUCUCUGCAAAAGCAGAUUUUAAUGGCUGUAAUUCAAAAAACAAAAACAAAACAAAAAAAUUAUAACGCAAAUUAAUUUUCAACUUAAACGGGGUGGUAAAUUUUAUAAUAUCAGUUAAGCCCAAACUACAGACAUUUUAUCUAGCUAUCAUCACAAUACUUUUUAAAUAAAUGAAUUCCUGUUAUAAUUCCAAUUAGCGCAACUGAAACCGUACAAUAUGAUAUGUGAGAAUUACGCGAUUACCAUCGUAAACAGUUAGAAUGCUGGUUUUUCAUUACAGUGUAAUGAGAUUUGCAUGUGUACGUCACAACGCAUAUAUACAGUCAUACACAGCACAUAUGAAUAUGACUGGGAAGAAACCACGCCUACUAUUCACAUCAGACCGCGAGAGCGCACUAAAAGUUGUGCACCAACUUCCCUCGGCUCUUGACACCAUCCACUUGACUUCUAGUUUUACUAGUUCAGCGUGCUCAGACCCCUCCUUCUCUCCUGAUGCGUGUCAAGACAGACUGAGCUCCAUGAAACCAGCGGAGUGAGAACACCUGUGAACCCACGAUCUUUCCUCUUACCUGCGAGAGACGAGGACAUGUCCGCGAGCCUUCCCGAAGAGGACCUCUCCUGCCCCGUGUGCUGCGAGAUCUUCCAGGAUCCGGUGCUCUUGCCGUGCAGCCACAGCUUCUGCAGGAGCUGUCUGGAGCACUCCUGGGAGAGCGCGCUCAUCCGCAGCUGCCCCGUCUGCAGGAGGAGAGCCUCCAAGAAAAGCCCUCUUUCAAACCGGGCCCUCAAAAACCUGUGCGAAGCGUUUCUGCUGGGCAGGGGCCAGGGCAGCGCCGCUGGGUCGAACCUCCUGUGCUGGAGGCACGGAGAAAAGCUCAAGCUCUUCUGUCUGGUGGAUCGGGAACCCAUCUGCGUGGUGUGCCAAGCCUCAAAAAUGCACAAAGGUCACGACUGCUCUCCCACGGAAGAGGCGGCUCUGGACUGCAAGGAUAAAAUGACUGCCGCCAUGAAGGUACUGCAGCGUAAGCUGGAGAUAUUCAAUAAUGCAAGACUGUCUUCAGCUAUUACUCUGGAGCACAUUAAGAAUCAGGCCAUGCGCGUUGAGAGACAAAUGAAGGACGAGUUUCUCAAGCUCCAUCGGUUUCUUGAUGAGGAGGAAGAGCGCAGGUUAUCAGCACUGAAGGAGGAGGAAGAGCACAGGGUUACGGCUGUGAAGAACAGAGAUGAUGAUAACACUCGGAGGACAGCGUCUCUUACAGACAUGAUCAGGACGAUGGAGCAAACCGUGAACGCUGAAGAUUUAACAUUGCUGCAGAACUUCAGAGCCAUCAUAGACGGAACAUGGACUACCUUUCAGGACCCAGAAGGCCUGUCCGGAUCUUUGUUGAAUGAAUCUAAGCAUCUUGGGAAUCUAAAGUACAAGGUUUGGGAGAAGAUGCAAACAGUCGCACCUUACAGUCCAGUAAUUCUGGACUCAAACACAGCCCACCCUUGCUUGACGCUGUCGGACGACCUGACCAGUCUCCGCUACAGCAAUGUAACCCCAAACCAAGGUCUCCCCAGUAACCCCGAGCGCUUCCACAUCAGCGCAGAGGUGCUGGGCUGCACUGCCUUUAACUCUGCAAGCCACGGCUGGGAGAUCGAGGUCGGCGACAACGACGACUGGAUCCUGGGCCUGGCCAGUGAGCGCGUGACGCGAGAUCAGGAAAUACCUGCCAGACCAGAAAACGGCUUCUGGACCAUCUCUCUACGAGACGGCCAGUACAGGGCUAUGGAGUCGCCCCCAGUUGCUAUAAAAGUGAAGGAGAAACUGCAGAGGGUCUUGGUCCAGCUGGACUGGGACAGAGGGGAGGUGAUUUUUUCCAACCCGUCACGUCAAGAAAUUGUAUACACCUUCAAACAUGUCUUUACGGAGAAGUUACUGCCAUACUUUUACACGCAAAGUAAUCAUCCUUUGCGUAUCCUCUCCAAGCCGGUGUCGGUGUCUACAUGAAAGCGUCCCGUAAUAGGAAAAAUACAAAGUGUGGAAAAUGUAUCAUAUACACAUGCUUAAAGCGGUUUAAAGUUCAUCACACAGUUCAUUGUGCAAAGCGCCCCGAAGCAGUUAUUAUAAUGUGCCCGAGCAAGCAUAUCCUCACUGCUAAUAAAACAUUCACACAACUGCAGUUUCUCAAUGUCUGUUAAGUAAUGGCAUUAUUGUACAAUGCAUGCACGCAGUAUGAAAAAAAAAUUAUAAACUGUAAACGCCACGACAGCUUGACAAUUUUUUUUCUCGUGAAUAAACACCCACCUUUUAAAGCAAACAUAUGUGGGUUUGUUUAUUUACUUUUCUUAUCUUUACUUUGAAACAUCUAUAUCAAAAAUCAUUCGGAUGCUACGCCGACUUAAAAUAAAACCAAUGGCUUCCUCUUUUUUCCCCUCGCCGCUGCCAAACGCUCGUUCUGAGAGCGGGUACGAAAUUUUGAGAAAAAGGCAGGAUCUCUGUUGGAAAAAAAACCUGCAUAUGCUGGUUAGGUAGGUUUUUUUUUCCAAUAGCGAAUACAGCAUCUUGAUUCCAAUCACUUAACUGUAGGGGGCUCCAAAAAUACAUAAAACUGCACAGUUGCCAUUCUCUCAGAGCAGAGAAUGAUCGUUUGAUACUGAUACAAUGCUCUGAUGCAUUACUGAGAAUGUAUCUUAUCGCUCUGAUUGGUUGAUGUUGCGUGAUUAAUGCAAUCCAGAUCUUAACUCACCUGGUAGAGGAUUGGGGUCAAUUGUAAGCUUCGCUUGACCCCAGUGAUAACUCUUGAACAAACACAAACCUGAGACUGCUCUCGUGGUAAAUCAGAGCCGACGUCGCUUUAUGGGAUCCCAUUUUAACUUAAACGCGAAAAAAUGUUUGAAAAUGAAAAAACAACAAAUAUGUGAACAUUUGAUUAAAUAUUUAUUUUUGUGGUACUUUACAAAAAGCAACAUUCUAUAAAGCGCUUCACUUAUUUUUGCUGUUACACAUGGUGGCGCCACAAGUCUUUAAAUAAACCUUAGAAUUGUCUA